AUGUCUAAACAAGAACUUCAACUCACUGAUGCCGUCUCUGAACAGGACCGGCUCCUCGGUGAGUUGCACAAUUCUGUGCUAAACACACGACAGUACGCUUUAGCUAUUGGAGAGGAUUUAGAAGAGCAGAACACAAUGCUCGAUGACCUGCAAACUGACGUUGAGCGCGCAACGGAUGAGAGCCGCCGGCAAAACUAUAAUGUUGGGCAGUUGCUGUGGGAAAGUGAAAGUAGGGGUUUCUGGACACUCUUUAUUGUAUUGUCACUUAUUCUGGUGGUGCUUUUAAUACUUUAG